UGAAGCGUGCGGUCGGUCGUGCGGUUCAAGAAGUUGAUGGAAUAAAAAAAAGUUGAAACACAAGAAAAUAUUUCGAAAAAAAAUGUGUGUGCACUAAAUUCGUAAAUGUGCCAAUAAAACAUAACAAGAAACACAAGUAAUUUAUAAAACGCGCUCAAAGCCAUUUUGGAUACUUUUUUCGAUCGUUAAGUUUAUUUUUUGCCGCACUUCGGACUCGAAAAACCAGAAGCUGAAAUAUUUUUUAAAUUGUUUUAAUUAAGCAAACGAAUAAACAGCAUUUCAAUUUUCAAAUUGCACUAAUUUCUGUGUGUGUGUGUGUGUGUGACUUGUAAGUGAAGAAGAAGCAGCAAUAAAAACACCACCACCAGCAGCAAAAACAACAACAUCAUCAACUACAGAAAUCCAACAACCAAAAGCAACAACAAUAAAGUGAUCGUCGUAUGGCGCGUCGUGCGCGAGAGUUUCAGCCUGUUUGUGUGUGACUUGUGCGUGUAAAUGUGUGUGUUGGAAUGGAAUGCAGUUAUGAAAAAAUAAAUAAAUAAUUGAGAGCGCGCGCCCGCGCCUUGCUAGCUGCCUCUCUCUCUCUUUCGCUAACUCGCUCUCUCUCGCUGUCUGUGCAUCGCCCUGGCUCGCUUCCUCUCUCGCUUAUCGUCGUAUAUCGCGUCCGUGGAAUUAUGUUGUUGUUGUACUAUUCGCUUGUAGUACAUUGCACAAGAGAAGACAAAGCAAAAUAGCAUAAACAAGAGAAACCGAUACGUAAAAUACUGCAAAAAAAAAAACGCGCGCGCCAAGUGACUGACAACGUUUGUUUUGUGUGUUUUUUUUUGUUCCCAAAAUGUCGAAUCAACAACAACAACAACAGCAGCAGCAACAACAACAGCAACAGCAGCAAACGAGACAUCCACCGCAAAUACAUCAUCAUCAUCUGCAGCAUCACUUUCAUCAUCAGCAUGGACAGCACAGCGAAUUCCCAUUGCCGGAUGGUUGGGAUAUUGCCAGGGAUUUUGAUGGCAAGACCUACUACAUAGAUCAUAUCAACAAAAAGACCACAUGGCUGGAUCCCCGAGAUCGAUACACAAAGCCACAAUCUUUUGAGGACUGUGUGGGCGAUGAACUGCCCGUGGGCUGGGAGGAGGCAUACGACUCGAAUAUUGGUCGCUACUAUAUCAAUCACAUUGCGCAGAGCACACAGCUCGAGGAUCCGCGCCAGGAGUGGAAGAGUGUCCAGGAGCAGAUGCUCAGCGAUUAUUUGUCCGCGGCACAGGAUCAGCUGGAGAACAAGCGCGAGAUGUUUGAUGUCAAACAGCAGCGUCUGCUUCUGGCACAGGAAGAAUACAAUCACCUAAAUAAACUGGCAGCAAGUCGCAGCAGCUUGUGCUCGUCGUCCAGCUCCAUGAGCCGACACGAUCCUGAACUGUUGCGCGCCGAUCUGAUGCUGGCCCGUGAACGCGUGCGCCAACUCAAACAGGAGCUGACCCACAUUACCAAUGAUAUCUCGUACACACAGCGAGGCAUGAACACACUCUACUCCGUGGGCGAGAAGAUCAAUGCACGCCAGAAUGGUUGCUACGAUAUUGCCGAGGUGCAGGCGAUACGCGAGGAGAUGCUCAAGGUGCACAAGUCCCUUGUCUCCGGCGAGAAGGUGCGUGAGGAACUCAUGCGCAGCCUCGUGCAAAUCAAGAACGAGCUGAGCCGACAGCAGAUCAACGAAGAGAACGCCGAUCUGCUGAAUGCAGCGUCGCCCUUCGAUCGUGUCUGUGUCGCCAGCCAAACGGAUCUGUGCGGAGCCGGAGAACAUUUGAAUGGCGGUGCCCGUUUCGCCGAGAUGGCCAAGACGAAGCUACAGUAUGCGGAGUGGCGUAAGCAUAUCAAGAAACUGCAGCAACAGCUGGCGGAUCAUGUAGAACGCAUAGAGCCCGGUCAGCUGGAGUCCGACAAGGAUCGCAUACUGCUCAUACAGGAGAAGGAGAAGCUGCUGAACGAUUUGAAUAGCAUUUCACUAAAGUCGCGCAGUCUGGAGGAGAAGCAGGUCAUCCAGCAAACACGCCACAAGCUCGAGGAGGACCUCAAGGAGGCCUACGAGGCCACCAACACAUGCAUUGCGAAUCGUCUGCGCUUCCACGAAGAGAAGCAACAUCUGCUCGACAAACUGCAGGAAGCACUCAAGUCCACCAAACUGCUGGAGGAGCGCCUCAAGUCAUUCUCCUCGGAGAGCACGUUCUCGAUUAGCAGCGGCAGCAGCCUCGGAUCGCUAUCGACCGCCAGCAGCAAGAGCGCCCUCAGCUUUACGGACAUUUACAUUGAUCCCUUCGCCGUGGACUCCCCCAUCGAUGUGAUCGAUCUGCAGCGACGAUCGCAGCGUCUAUUCCAGCAACAUCAGCGGCUGCCACCCGUGCAUCCCGCCCUGCCACAGCAACACCAACAGCAGCAGCAACAACAACAACAGCAGCAGCAGCUGCAGCAGCAACAGUCAGCCUCUGAGGUGUCGCUGUCGCCGCGCAGCAGCUUGUCCAUGGAAACGCCGCCCGCCUCGCCGAUGAAAUACAAUGCGAAUGCCGAUCAGACGGGCACAAACACACAUGUCCUCAAGGAGGAACCAACCUAUGCCAAUGCACUACCCGCUUUACCCACGCUACCCGCACCACCCGCUUAUGCAGCUCCCCCCGCGGUUCCGGGAUCUGUUGUACGAGCCCAUCCCUAUGAUCUGGACUCUACCGUGCUGGACUGCAUGAUGCUCGAGGCGAAACUGCAGAAGCUCAACAUGAGCUCGCCCCUCAAUCUGAAUGCGCCGCUCUCGCCCAUACACGAGAAGCCUUCGCUGCUGGAUCUGCCACAAGAGAUGCUCAGUCGUUCCUCGUCCACCUCGAAUACGCGUUCGGUUUCGGCAGCUGUCAGCAAUGAGUCUGUAGCCGGCGAUUCCGGUGUCUUUGAGGCAUCGCGUGCUCAUCUGCCGCGCAAGGAAUUGGCUCAAGUGCAAAUUGGCCUGAAGUACAUGAAACCCGAAGGCGUACUCGUCGUGUCCCUGGAGCGUGCCAACAACUUGUCGACCUUGUGGACCGCCACCACAGACAACUCGCAAGUUUAUCUGCGCGCCGCUUUGCUGCCCAAUUCAUUGACCUCCAUUCGCACCAAGGCGUUGGGUGACUUCCAGAAGCCCGUGUUCAAUGACACCUUCGCAGUGCCCAUUUCGUUGGACAAACUGCUCACCAAGAGCCUGCAGGUCACCGUGGUCAGCAUGACCGGCCAGAAGGAGGAGAUAAUCGGCACUGUGCAAAUCAGCAUGGCCGAGUUCAAUCCAGAAGACUCCACUCUUAAGUGGUACAACGUGCUCAGCUCCAAGUUCAUGCCCAGCUUUGAGCCGCUGGAUUUGCCCUCCACAAGCGCAGCAGCUGCUGCCGCCGCUGUUGCUGUCGCGGCUGCCGCCAACAGCAACAACAACAGAGAGGAAUCUUCGGAUGAGUCAACCAUAACAUCCUCACAAACCUCAACGCUAACACGCAAUCAAGCGCCACCAUUGGAACUGCAGGCGCAAAUUGCCGAGGAGCUGCCCGAGCAUGUGCGCCUCAAUGAGCAACAAUGCAGUGACGAUGAUGAUGAUGACGAUGAGGAGGAAGAUGAACAGCAACUGGUCAGCACCAUUGGCCUAACGCAUUCAAGCUGCAUGCUGGAUGCCUACCUAGAGAACAUGAAGCAAGAGUACGCCGAUAAGGAAACGAACACGGAUUGCGCGUUCCCACCGGAGAAAUUGCGCAGCCAGUCGCAACUGUUGGACGACAGACCCGUGAAGCGGUCGCAGACGUUCACACCAUCGGCGGCGAUUAGCAAGAAUCGCUACAACUGCCGUCUCAAUCGCAGUGAUUCCGACUCGGCCAUGCACUUUGGUGUCACACCACACACCUUCCAUCGCGGCGCUGUUGAGCGGCGUUCGCUGCGCUUCCAUCCCAAGGCAACCAAGUCAGUCACAAAAUUGCAUCAUACUCACAUACCGCGCACCAGCUUAGAUUUGGAGCUGGAUCUGCAGGCGCAGCACAGCAAGCUCUUCUUCCUCAACGAUCAAAUCUCCAAGCUGCAGAACCUUAAGGAAGUACUUCAGAAGGCCUGCGACAACAAGGAUCCGCUUAUUGCUGCCUGGGCUAUUGAGAAUGAGGAGUUCCAACGUUUGGUGGCACGCGCCGAUCCCGCUAAGUGCCCCGAGGAGCGCCAGCUGCAGAAGCUGCUAAUGAAGACCGCCAAAGAAAUCCAUAAACUACGCAAAACCAAGGUGCCUAAAGGCUGCCCAGAUUUGGUGUCAUUCAAAGAGAAAAUCUCUUUCUUUACACGCAAGGGCUUUUCAGUGCCAGAAUUGCCCAGCGAAUUCAUGCUACCCGACGCAGAUGCUAUCGAAGAGGAGGAGGAAGAGGAUGAUGAUGAGGACAACGUGGCCGAAACAGCCAUUGCCAUUAACACGGCUUUGGUGGCCAGCAGCAACAGGAAUAAGAAUCUCAGUGACCACCACCAUCGAGUAACAUCAAGCGGCGCCGCUGCCAAACUGGCUGCCACAACAACCACGCCAGCAAUCGCCGCAGCCGUAGCCCCAGCUGCCGCUGCGUCCACUGUGCCAACGCCAAAGGCUGACGCCAAUACAGAACAGCAGCGCUACGACUAUGUCGUCGAUCGCAAUUAUGGCGUGGAGGUGUAGUCCCUGUUCUGCUGGCAACGCCUUCCCACCUAAGCUGUACAUAUUUGUAAUUAUUAUUUUCUGGUAUUUAUUUUCAUUAAGCGACAAGUAUUUAUGUGUAUAAAAGAUGAGAAACUAGGUAGACGAAACUGAUGUAACAAAAAUCUGUGCCUUAUAGAGAAAGUUGAACAGUUGGAACGAAGCCAACGAAUGCAACAAAAGCAAAAACAAUAAUACUAGUAAUGAUAUGAAUACUUUUAGAGCGUAUAACUUAGAACUCACUUAUAUUAUAUAUAGUAUUAUCAUAUAAAUAGAUCCAUAGUCAAUUAAUACUAAUUGACCCCACAACUGAGAAAUGAAUUGUCUAAAACUUCCGCACCAACCCCGACCCGCCCCGCUCACACUCUGAAAAAAAACCCAAGAACAACGCGCACAUUGCGCGUUCUAAACUGUCAAAUUCAUAUUGAAACCAACUGUAUUCUUAAGACUUGAGCAAAUUAUACGAAUGUAGAGGAAUAUUUUUUAUAUGCAUAUAGAAGAUACCGUUUAUCUUAGUGUAGUUCAAAGAAGUAACAAAACUAUAACAAAAUAUAUUUAUUAAAUGUGUACUGAUGCACGAGUGCAUGUUACUCCAAUCUGUUUAAUUAGUUUAAUUAGCUUGCGUUUUUGUUAAGCUCAAAACGAAUUCUAUUAAUUUUUUUUAUAAAAAAAAACCUACAAAAUACACAAAAAAAAAAAGAAA